UAUAAAUGUAUACUGGUGCGGUAUUUAUUUAUUUAUUUAUUUAGGGAGGGGGAGGCAAGGAAAGGUAGCAAACAUUGCAACUUAGAGAAAACAUAUAUAAAUUAAUAUUACAAACCUAAAGGACCUUGCACAUUACCUUGUAUCCUCCCUAUGUCUCCAUGUUACAGUACUACAAUAUCGUCUUGACAUCAGGCUCCUCUGAGCUGAUGGCACUGACUUUGGAAAGCUUUCAUGCACCUCAUUACAGCUUUGAACUGCACAUGCAUUUUUUAUUUUAUUUCAUUUUUAUUUUUUUCCCUUCUUGUUGUUUUCCCUCUUUUUAGGGCUCUCCUCUGCUUCGGAGGAAACCUGUUCUGGCAUGCUGAAGUUUGCUAGUGGUAAAUAUUUCUUCUGACUACAAAGUGCAUGCAUCAAAAAGGUUUUUGUUGUUGUUGUUGCUGUUGUUUUCUUUAAAUAAUCCCCCACAGAAAUAAGCUCCUUUCUCGCUUGCUCUGCUGUUAUUGAUAACCUGUAAAGGAGAUAGAGCUGAAGGUCUGAGUGAAAUAGUGCUUUCAGAUACGGAGUUUUAACCACAUCAAGCUGAACAAAAUGCAGUUCUGUAUUAAUUCCGUAUGAUGCAUGUGGCGUUUUGCAUACCAAACCUGGUGACAAAGGUGAGUCCCACAGGGACUGCUUUGCCGGGAGGAUUUUUCCAGUCUCUAACCACAGAAGUAUUUAGCUCUCCAACUGCUCUCCAGACUUGGUGGUUCAGAUUUGUUUCAAUUCAAGAACAGAAAAUGACAUGUAAUGAAGUGCCCCCCAGCAAAUAAGUGGUGCCCGUGCGACAAGCAGGGAUGCAAAGGGUUAAGACGCUGACUUGCUUGCUAGGCAAAGUUUGAGGAAGAAUAUGUCUUGAGGCUGUGCACGCCGCAGCACCGCGUUUGAAAUCCGUCACCCUCACUUAGGAGCUCCGCAUCUCCGCUUGUCACCGGUGAAUAAUGAUCACGCGGCGAUAAGAUCGCGCGGUGGCGGUGCGCCGGAGCCGCCGGGGGAGAAGCAGAGGGAAAUUACGGGCGUUUAACGUUGCGGAGGGGGUUCCUCGGUCAUCGGCGGUUUCAGGGUCAAACGACCGGCUGGACAGAGGCUUGGGAAGUAUAUUUCCUUCCUCCUUUCCUUGAAAGAACCCUUGGGCGAUGGUGAUAAUCGGCAGCUAUGGAAAGCAGAGACCUUGGUGGUGAUCCUUAAAAAACUACCAUGCCGGAGCCCAGCUGUUCUGCUACUUUCCCCCCUUGCAACCGGCCGGACCCGGUGGGCUUUGGGUGAUUACCGGAGACCUCCGCACGAGCAGGAGGAGCGGCGAGGGAAAGAGGAGCAAAUCGAGGAGAGAAAGUGCGUUGGGGAUGCCAGAGCCGAGGGCUGCGCGCCGUAGGAGGAGGUGGUGGAGAAGGGGGGAGGACGAUGCCGCUGCCUCCUAAGGGAGGAGGGAGGCGCGGGGGCCGCUCCGGAGAAGAGCGGCGGCGGGCAGCGGGCCCCAGGGGCUGGCCAGGAGCGGCAGGCGGCGGCCAGAAGAGAGGAGCGGCGGCGGCAGAGGAAAAGUUUUGGUGCGGGGGGCCAGAGGCGCGGAGGGGGAUUAUGAUCGGUGCCGGCGAGGGAUUCCCAGACACUGUCAGGCAGGCCAGAUCCAGCUGAUAGCUGUUAUAAGGACUUUGCUGACUUCGGAAAGCUGAGCAUCAACAGACUUCAGUGAAAGGAGAUACUAUCACUCCAAGCAACAUGUACACAGACAGCGUUUGGCAGCUUUAAAUUAACUGGUUGCUUACGUAUAAGGACGCGGCUAUUGGUUCUUUUGGCACACAUGGAGGAAAGCAACAAGAUUUGUAACCCUGGCUAAUAGGACUGUGGCUUUCUUAUCAAAAGUAGGAGGUGGGCCAAUUGUAAAAGGAUUAUUUUAUAUUUAGCCUGAAGGACUUUAUCUCUGCUUGAACACUGGACAUAAACUGAAGCCAAUUUUAAUGACCUGAGAUUUUGCUACUAGUCCUUUAUUAUUGUUAUCAGUUCUUUAACAAUUUGAUACUUUAUUUCUUUAAAUUGGAAAUGGGUUCCUGGACUAGAAUGUGGCCCUCAGACUGGGCUGUUCUCUUGAAAUCAUGGCUUAUCUUUUCCCUGGGGCUCUACAUGCAGGUCUCCAAAACUUUGGCCUGUCCAAAAGUGUGCCGCUGUGACCGAAACUUUGUCUACUGUAAUGAGCGAAGCUUGACCUCAGUGCCUCUUGGGAUACCAGAGGGUGUAACUGUCCUCUACCUCCAUAAUAACCAAAUUAAUAAUGCUGGAUUUCCUGCAGAGUUGCACAAUGUCCAGUCUGUGCACACAGUCUAUCUGUAUGGCAACCAAUUGGAUGAAUUCCCAAUGAACCUGCCCAAAAAUGUCAGGGUUCUCCACUUGCAGGAAAACAACAUUCAGACAAUUUCUCGGGCUGCUCUUGCUCAGCUCUUGAAACUGGAAGAACUGCACCUUGAUGACAACUCCAUCUCCACUGUUGGAGUUGAGGAUGGGGCAUUCCGGGAAGCCAUCAGCCUCAAGCUUCUGUUCUUGUCCAAGAAUCACUUAAGCAGUGUACCAGUAGGCCUUCCAGUGGACUUACAAGAACUUCGAGUAGAUGAAAACCGAAUUGCUGUCAUUUCAGACUUGGCCUUCCAGAAUCUUACAAGUUUGGAGCGUCUGAUUCUGGAUGGCAAUCUGCUUACUAAUAAAGGCAUAGCUGAAGGCACCUUUAGCCACCUCUCCAAGCUCAAGGAAUUCUCUAUAGUGCGUAAUUCACUGACGUAUCCUCCUUCUGAUCUUCCAGGUACACAUCUGCUAAGGCUGUACUUGCAAGACAACCAGAUAACCCAUAUACCACUUACAGCCUUCUCAAAUCUUCACAAACUGGAACGUCUUGAUAUUUCCAACAAUCAGCUUCGUAUGUUGGUAAAGGGUGUAUUUGAUGAUCUCCACAACCUGAGACAACUCACUGUAAGGAAUAAUCCCUGGUUGUGUGACUGCAGUAUUAAGUGGGUCACUGAAUGGCUCAAGUUUAUUCCCUCUUCCAUCAAUGUACGGGGUUUUAUGUGUCAGGGACCAGAGCAGGUCCGAGGUAUGGCAGUCAGGGAGCUUAAUAUGAAUAUGCUGUCAUGCCCCACCACCACCCCUGGUCUGUCACUUAUCAUCACCCCAGUCCCGGCUACAGCCAAGCCAACUACAUUAGUUCCCUCCUCAUCAGUUCCUCCCCCAAGUACUAAGUAUAGUCCUCUGACUCCUAUCAUAGUCACACUCCCCACUGUGCCUGACAGGGAAGACAGAGAAAGGGUAACACCUCCUAUAUCUGAACGAAUUCAACUCUCUAUCCAUUUUGUGAAUGAUACUUGCAUCCAGGUUAACUGGAUAUCUCUUUUUACCGUGAUGGCAUAUAAACUCACAUGGGUUAAAAUGGGCCAUAGUCUGGUAGGAGGAAUUGUUCAGGAACGAAUAGUUAGUGGUGAGAAACAGCACUUAAGCUUGGUAAAUCUGGAGCCCAAAUCCACCUAUCGGAUUUGCUUGGUUCCUCUGGAUACUUAUAAUAAUUACCGAACUGGAGAAGACACUGUCUGUUCAGAAGCCACAACAAAGGCUUCGUUUUCAAACAAUGGCAGCAACAUCCCUUCCAGCCAUGAGCAGACAACUUCUCAGAACCUGGGCUCCCCAUUUCUGCUUGCAGGUUUAAUUGGGGGUGCAGUGAUAUUUGUGCUCGUGGUCCUGCUCAGCAUUUUUUGCUGGCACAUGCACAAAAAGGGGCGUUACACCUCCCAGAAGUGGAAAUACAAUCGGGGCCGUCGGAAAGAUGACUACUGUGAGGCAGGGACCAAGAAGGACAACUCCAUCCUGGAAAUGACGGAAACCAGCUUCCAGAUUGUGUCCUUAAAUAAUGAUCAACUCCUUAAAGGAGAUUUCAGACUGCAGCCCAUUUAUACCCCAAAUGGGGGCAUUAACUACACAGACUGCCACAUCCCCAACAACAUACGAUACUGCAAUAGCAAUGUCUCAGACCUGGAGCACUGUCAUACGUGAUAGUGAGGGGAGAUGGGGGUGUCAAGGACAAAGAGAAAAAACUCUAGAAAAAGUAACCCUCACAACAAUGAAAAAAUUACAUUUGAUAAAUGUUACGCAGAUGCAUUUAUGCAUUUGAAUACUCUGUAAUUUAUACGGUGUACUAUAUAAUGGGAUUUAAAAAGUGCUAUCUUUUCUAUUUCAAGUCAAUUGCAAAUGGUUUUGUAACUCUUUGCUUUUUAAAUCUUAAAAAAAUAUUGCUAAGUACUGUACAGGGUUGUACAAUAAGAACCCAGUGUCAUGGCAAAGGAAAGAAUGGUUCAUUCUUCAAACAUUAACCACUUUGCUGUCGAAGCUGUCUGAGGGAUGUAAGUUCCUAGGUGUCCUGUAAUACAGGAAAAUAAGUGCAUAUUAAAGCAGGGUUACUAGGAACAGCCUAAAGCAAUUCAGAUAAAAUGGGUGAAACCCGUUUGGCUCAAAUCCAGCAUCUGCUGUUGAGCUUCAAACAAUUUAAAAUAUUUCUGUUCCCCUUUGUCAGUUCUGUAUUUCCUACCUCCAACUCAAAGCUGGAGUUCUGACUGCUACCAAAAAGGCUACUUCUUAUUUGAUUAUUUUUCCCCUAAAUACAUGGAAAGGUAGACAGAACUCAGUGUCAAACUUGAAGUGACCUUGAUUCCUAUUUGCAAAAGCUAUUCUGAAAACGUCCCCCAGUGCCCUGCAUUUUUAUGUUAGAAAUGGUUCCUGCCUUUCAUUAUGAUUAAGAAGCUCCAAGAAUUCUUUGACCCUUCUCAGUGGGAGAUGAAGGUUAUCAGUAUGUAACAGAUAGUUGUCAUUAGAUAGCACCUCUCCUUAACAGAGCAGCAUUUGUUGACACAGCAUGUUCAGGUAAAACCUGAACAAGGGAAAUUCUAAGUGCUCCCAGCUCUGUGGUGUUCGUGUAGAAUUUACUAUCUAAAAGUGGAAAUUGCUGAAAACAUAUUGCAAAACAUAAUGCCAAUGGACAGGUUUCCAUUGGCUUUUAUGGUUCAAGCUCUGUUUGAUUUAGCAGUUUGAGUUACAUACAGCGUGAAGUAAAAAAAAGAUAAAAACAAUCAACAAAAGAAAAAUAAGCAUGGAAGAUCUUCUUUUAAUUUUUUUUUAAUUUUAUUAUUUUUUUUUUUUUUACAUUAACUUAUUACUGGAAAGUCUUCUGGGCCUGUUGUGAACUGAAAUAUGUACAGCAGGGAAAAUCAUGAAUAAAUUCAGGGUUUGUUUUUUUUUUUUGUUUUGUUUUGUUUUUUUCCAUUCAGGUGAACAGAGAUGGAUAUUAAUUGAGGAAUUUUGAGAGCACAAGUACACUGCUUCUCCAAAGUUCCCUUUUUUUAUCUUAAGAUUUUUAAAUUUUUCACAAUGAUCUGCGUUUGAAUAUCAGCAGGUGGAAUUGGAAUUUGUUCCUUUGUUCCCUCCAAUUCUUUAGCUGGAAUCACUUCUGAGUGAUGCAUUAUGUGAAGCAUUAUGCUUGUAUGAAAAUUACGAUGCUGCUCUCAAAAUUAGACUGUGUUCCAACAACUGCAACUCCACUGAUUCUAUGACUGCCAAGAACUCUGGAUUUCUUGCCAAUUCAGUGGUGGAAUUUAAUUCUUUUUUUUUUUUUUUCCUUUUUUUUUCUUUUUUUUGUUUUUGUUUUUGUUUUUGUUUUGUUUUGUUUCGUUUUUUAAGUUACUUACUUUCUCCUGAACUUGGGGACAAGGAAAAGUUCACAGAAAGGAGAAGAAAGAGAAGCAAAUUUUUAGUUGUUUUUUUUAAUGGAGCAGGGAACAAAAGAGAUUUUUUUUAUUUAUUUAUUUUUUUUUUUGCAGUGACUAUCUAGGGACAAAGAAGUGAAUCAGAAGUAAAAGCUGGAGCACUUUUACUGUUUAUGUUGGGAAAGAGGAUUUUAAUCCUUUCUGUUGCUCAUUUCAGUCAGCCUGUUCCUGCAACCCAGCAGUCUAUGAGUGUGCAUUUUCUCAAAUUCAAGUUGCAUGAUAACAUUCAUUUUCUGCAAAUGCAAAAUGAAUCCAGUUAUGACUGAUGGCAAAGUACAAUCAUUAUAUAAGGAACUGCAUCCUCACCCUCACACCUUUUAUAACUGCAGUUUGAAAUUCCACUCUAUAUUCUGUAUAUUUGUUAUUUUCCUCAGCUAUAACAGGUAUUUUAGGCAACCUGUGUGGCUACUGUAAUAGUAAAGUCACUGAAAUUUUGCUGAAUAAAAGGCUGCCAUAUGAUUUCAAAUGGUGUAAUUCCAGAUAGAAAUUAUCUAUGCAAAGUCUUUUCUCUGUGACCUGUUUGCUCAAGAUUAUGAUGAGAAGGUUGAUACUUUCGGUUUGCUUAAUAUGUUUUAGCUGCCAAAACCCAAAAGACAAGCAGCAAAUAGUUGUGCUUCUUCACGCUUCCAUUGCAUGAUGGACAUGUAAGAGUUUCAGAUUAAGUAGAGACUGAGAUUCAUAUUGGGUGUGGAUGUAGCAUAUAAUUUCACUGAAAUAACAAGCUGUAUGUUUGAUUUCUAAAGGCAUUUUUUGAAUGUAUGCACAUGCUAGCUUUUCAUACUUCAGUUAUUCAUGCUAGAGGAAUCCUUAUCCUCCUUUUUGAACAUCUUCUGUUACAGGCCACAGGAUACCAUAGCUAGGCGCCUUACUUGUAGCAAAUUUCUUAUUCAGGGAAUUCAGCUUUCCUCUAAGUGAAAGAUCACAAGCCCAAAAUGAAAACAACAAAUGUGAUUACAGUUCUAAUAAGAUAGAAAUUGAAGACAUUCAUAAAAUCUGUGGUUUGAUCCCAGGUGAUGAAAUGUACAUUUAUGUGGGCAGAGUAUAACUGGCUCACCUAGAUAAAAAAUCAAAGUAAUUUUGAAGAUAGUAUAGUUUAAGUUUCUUUUCUGUGUGAAAAAGAAAAUAUAUAUUGAUAAGGGAUACUGACAAAGAUUCUUUUCACUAAGUUCACUUCAGAAAAAAAAUGAGAAAUCUACUUACAACAAAAUUCAAGGAUAGCCAUGGGAGAACUACCUAAGUAAAUUCACAACUGUAGUCUUAAAAGUAAAAUACACUAAAAAUUAAACAAAACAAUAACAAAACAAACAAACAAAAAAGCAUACAUUGAAUUUGAAGAGUGUUCCUUCCUACUGUAAGGCCUCAUUUUUUAUCAUCUGCAUAAAAAUAUUGAUGAGUUUUCAUUAUAUUUGGGAAAAUAACAAAAAGUCAUUUUUGUGGUCAAUGAUCUUCUGGAGAUAUAAAGUUUAAUAUCAGUAGCCGUCUCCCUUGGGCUUAUGAAAAUGGAGCCAUCCUCACUUUAUAGAAAUGUUUGACUACAGAUGCUAGUUAAGGGAACUGUAGAGCAAAAAUCCCAAGUGUGUGCACAUAUAACUCAUUAGGAACUCAAAAGUGAUGAAUUCUUGAUCCUUAUUUGCAAUUGUUCAUUGAAUGUGGGAAGAAAUGAAUGGUUACAGACAAUAUCUCACACAUCGUCCAUUGUAAACUGCUAAUAACUGGCCUAGGUGUACAGAUAAGAUUGAUGAGAGGUAUUAAAAAAAAAAAAAAAGUGAAAUUAUGUUAAAGUGGUAUCACAGCACAACUUUGUUCAGUGUUACAGUUCCUUUGGAAGAUUUAUUUAUUUACAAACUUGUUUUCAUAGAUUCUGUCAUUAUAACAAAUGUUCCUUGCAUGUAGCUUGUUAGCAAAAAACAAAACAAAACAAAAAAAACCAAAAACCCAUCUGAUGAAUGCAUGGAUUUUUCGUUAAAAUGUUUUUACUGGAAACACUAUUAUGGAAUUUUUUUUCAAAUUUUCAUAAGAAUAUUUAGACACUGGUUUACUUUUGACUUCAAAUAUUAACAAUUUUUCUUGUAAGCCAAUAAAGAAAUACAGUGAAUGUGAUGCUAAAAGAAAAAUUAAAUAGCUUAUGCUAUUUUCUGCUAGAGUAGUUCAACUAUAUUUUUUAUCUAAAUCACUUUCUCUUUUUAAGAGAGAAAAUUUCUUCCUUUAAGAAAAGUAUUGAAAAUAACUUUAUGCACAUUAUAUUGUUAAGAAGCUAAGGGUCUACAUAAGGCACUUUAUUGAUGAUAUUGAAAGGAAAGUUGUCUCAGAUUUUGACAGUGAAGUGGUUAAUUUGCAUAGUACUUCUAUGGUACUUCUUCACCAUAAAUGAUAACACGGAUAUAUUAAUGUUAUUAUUAUUAUUUUUUUUUUCAUUAGAGCAUGAGAAUAAUGGUUUUACUCAGUGGGAAAGCAAACAAACAAACAACAAAAAACAAAAAAGAAAUGGGUGCUGAAUUCAGGCAUUACUGGCUUUAAGCCUCAUUAAAUAAUGCCUGGUACUCUCUUCCAAACAUAGAGAUUAUACUAGGAAGCUGAUGAUCACUCCUCUGAACUCCACUGAAAUGGGCACUCUGUCUCAAAUGAUUAUAUGGGCAGUAUCAAACUAUUUGACAUUAAAAUUAAGUACAGCAUGGAAUGCCUUGCUGGUAGUCCUUUCUUAGAACACUGGCUCAUAUUCCUUCUGAAAAACUAGUCCAAAAGUGAUCUGACAAGCUUUUAUCAUACUGGGACUAUGUAAAAAUUGUGCCCAAUGACAACUGACUGCCAAUCCUCUCAGAAACAAGCCACUAAAUAAAUUUUUAUGAUCACUUGGUCCCAGAAGAUGAUCUUUCAAAAAAACUGAUUUUAACUGAGACAUGCAUACAUGUUCUGUUCUGUAUUUGGUAUAUUUUCAAUCUUUAACAUGGAAAAUUAGAUGAUUUGAAGUCUGCAUUAUCUGUUUUCUGCAAUAUGCCAUGUUGCACGCAUUGUUAACUUCAAAACCUCGCUAUACACUAUAUAUUAUCUUGUUGACAUAUUCAGUAAAAAGUUAUUUGAAAACAAUAGCAUCAAUCCUGCUCUAUUUAUAUGAACAAGUUGAUUAAAAUAAGAAUGUGAACAUUUGAAAGGGAAAAUACAAAGACAAAAAUUCUGUUCUUUCAUUCCUGAAUUAUUUUCCAAAUGUUUUACUGUAUGCCCAUGCUCUUCACAUGGUAAUACUUUUGUCUUCUGUCAAAGAGUUAAAUCAUUUGUUACUUCCAUUUCUCAGAUUUAAUGGUUAUAGGGUUAUAGAGUUAUCUCAUUUUGAUAUGCAUAUAAGAAAUCAAUGUAAAGAACAGCUUGUAAUUCAGUAUUUGCAAUUAUUGGAUGAAGUUAAGCAACUAUACACAUCUAUAACAAGUACCUACCUACAUGUGGAAGCUAGGACGCAUUAUAUGCGUAGUCAUUCGAUAAAUGCACUUGACAUUCAUCCUUGACAGUCUUAAACCUGUGUUUUACCUAUUUAUUCUUUCCUUGAAAUGAAAUGUGAUUUCCUUUCCAAUUCUCCCUUCAAAACUUUUCUUGAAUUUUCAGAAUUUUUCAGACAUAAGCCUUAAUAAAUUGUUGUAUAACUUCAA